UUUUCUAUUCUCUAACCAAACAUGCUUGUCAAGGCUUCUAUCUUCGGGCUUGCAGCAAUUCUUGGGCUCGCUGCGAGCCAACUGACCCGAGAGAACAUUAAGAACGCUAAAGAGUGUGUUUUCGGCGCGCCGUUUUCGGCCUAUGGGGGUUAUGCGUGGUCUCGUCUCAUCUGUGGCCCUCUGACUCGUCAAGCGAAAUACGCCAUCGGGCAAGCCGAAUUCCGCGGAUUGAGCCACAACACGAUGCCGAGGGCGGGCGCUUCUUUUGAGAUGGUUCACGGCAUGAUAGACAACCGAUUUUGCUCUCUUGCGACGAUGGAGAGUUCAGUGCCUCGUUCGGAACCCAUGACGAGUGAUCUGUGCUGCUACAGUAAAGAGCCAAAAUGGGGGCGGACGUGUAUUGGUGUAUCUGAGAAGAGCUGAGUCUCUCCUGUUUUGAGCUACCUGAUUUAUUUUUCAAUUGAUUCGGGGCUUCUUGAGCUGACCGGAAUAUCUCCCGCGAUUG